CCUGCUCUGUACCUCCAGCUCGUCCAGCUCUCACCAUGUGCACUGGGAAAUGCGCAAAGUUUAUCGGCGUCUCGCUGUUCCCCCUGUCCGUCAUCUCUAUCAUCGCCAAUAUCAUCCAGUUCUUCCCGGGAUGGCAGACUGACCCAAUUGUCAAUGUAAAAGAUCAGAUGACACCAGAAGUCAUAUACCUAGGAGGGGUUAUAGGAGGCGGGAUACUGGUUCUGAUUCCGGCCAUCCACAUCCAAGCCACGGGGCGAGAAGGAUGCUGCAAUAACCGCUGUGGGAUGUUCCUGUCCAUCCUGUUUGCUCUCAUCGGGGUUGCUGGUUCUGUGUACGGUUUUGCCGUGUCUAUCGUGGGCAUGGUGAAUGGACCUCAGUGCCAGUAUUGGACAAACUCUACUUCUACAGGUGUACUUACCUGGGGCCGACCCUUUGACACAGGCCUUGCAAAUUUAACUGACAAAAAUUACCUGUUCAACCAGGAUAUGUGGAAUGCAUGUAUCUAUCCCAAAGACGUGGCGUUGUUUAAUAUAGUCCUGUUUUCCAUGGUUCUUUCCACUACUGGCAUCUCUCUGAUCCUAUGCACCAUCCAGGUGUUAAACGGCCUGUUUGGCUGCUUGUGCGGUACCUGCCGGAAGGAUAAAGAAUAAAGAGCUUUUUCACUGCUAGCUCACCCAACUGUAAAAAGUCCCACCUUCAUCAACCCCGCCCCAUCCCACUUCAAAGGCUGGCUCCUUUGAUAGAAGCACCGUUGUCACAGCCACCCGCUCUGGCUGAGCACCGGGUAGCAAACCUCUGUGUGCGUUGAAGACAGAAGGGAGAGGUGACCCGACCCCCAGUGAGACAGAAUGACGGCUCCUGCUAGACUGACUCUCCCUCACAGCAGAGAGGAUUCUGGGAGAGGCGCCUUAUGUGUACAUAACCAUCAUAUUUGUAUAUAUAAUUUAUACCAGCUUCGGUUUGUGAAUAAACAGAGAUGUACAUACAGA